AUGACCACAACCCCUCAGAUCCCCGCCCCGGCCCACACGCUCGCGGAUUCCAUGUUGUCCCGCCACUUCGGAAGAGAGACGGUGAACUACUUCUCCAGCUCUCCGAUCAACCGUCUGUCAUUCUUGCGCUCUGAUCACCCAUUCCUCUCAACCGCUUUGAAGCACCCGUCUGCCCGAUUCGUCCUCUUGAACAACCUUGCGCCGUUGACUCCGUCGCCUGCGCAGUUGUACUAUGCCAAGCAUGAUGAGGUGCAAAAGCUUGUGCCUAGCGAUCUAUUCGAUGUUUCCGAGGAGGACAUGAUCAAGAACUAUGAUUCGCGCAAGACGCAUCCCACUUUGGUCUUCCUCGGUUUGGACGAGAGUCUGAAGGAGGGUGGAUUGGCGUGGAAGAUCUACUCCGGAACACCUUAUUUCGCAGUUGAUGUUACGCCCAAGGGGUCAGAGGAACAACAAACUGCAGCAAAGGAUGUGAUCAGUGCUAUGGAAGCCAAGGGCUUGUCUUUCUUCCAAGCACGAGUUGUCAUGUCCUUCUCAGCCGAUGAAGCCGCGAUCUAUGCCCAGGCGCGCGCGCUAAUGGACUGGAACACCCGCAACACUUUCUGCGGAACAUGCGGACACCCCACGUUAGGCGUGAACGCCGGUACAAAGCGCGCUUGCCCACCAACAGAUAAGGCCCUCAUGGCCACGGGCAAGACAGAAGAACGACCAGUCUGUAACACGCGCACGACACUGUCGAACCUUUCCUUCCCACGAACCGACCCAACAAUCAUCGUAGCCGUCGUCUCAGCUGACGGCAAGCGCAUCCUCCUUGGUCGUUCGAAGCGCUUCCCGCCAAACUGGUACUCAACUCUAGCGGGCUUUAUUGAGCCAGCGGAGUCUGUUGAAGAUGCCGUGCGGAGAGAAGUGUGGGAAGAGGCUGGUGUGACUUUGUCGCGGGUUGUUAUUCACUCGUCGCAGCCUUGGCCUUAUCCUGCUAAUUUGAUGAUUGGCGCUAUUGCCCAGGUUAGUGACCCGGCUCACGAGGCUAUCUCUCUCCAACAUGAUCCCGAGUUGGAGGAUGCGAAGUGGUUUGAGAUUGAUGAGGUUGAGGAGGCUUUGAGGGUUGGUACUAGUGAUUUGGGAGGCUCGGCUGGACCUGGGUAUAAGGAAGGUGGUUUGCGUUUGCCGCCUCCUACUGCUAUUGCUAACCAGUUGAUUCGGGCUGCUGCCAGUGCGGAGUAUUUUGCUGUGGAGAAGCAGGCAAAGAUUUAG